CUUCGUCGCGGUGGCAUUGCGUUUGUGGAUUUUUCUCUAACCAAAAUUUAUAUACAGAAAAGUGCAACAAACGCGAAUAAGGAAAGAUUUAUCACAAAAGUUAAGUGGGACGAGCAUAAUCUUUAUUUAAAGCUGUAAUAUGAAUUGAUUAACCUCGUAACGAUUUACGCUGAAAGAAAUGUUUCAUCACGGACGACUGCUCGAUUAAGGCGAUAGAUAGGUGACUGGCUGGCGAAGAGUGUGUAAAGAAAACGAAUAACACAGAAUCGUACGCACUCCCGAAACUGAUAAGGACGACGGUCGGCUCUGCUACCCAGCAGUCUCAGAUUCAUUUACAAAUAUAAAAGUUCUCCUCCGAUCCGGGAUCGGCGCAGUUCAAAUCGUAGAAGCGUGCCGAAAAAAAUCAAUCUUUACGCCAGUGAAAUUUUGGAAUGUUUCGAUUUGGUUGGAAUAAAAAACCCGAAAAUAUCACGGAGGAUUAAUGCAUCAGUUUUUGUUAAUCAUUCAGAGUCAUCCGUUAAGUGUGGACUGAUAAAAAACGUCGGUCACUGGCCCCGGUCGCAGUCCAUAAUCACGCGAUUUUUUGCAGCGCACUAAGCAACUAAAGCACGCCCCAGUGAAGGACAAAAAUAGUCCGUGUUUUGAAACAUUGUCGCACGCGAUGAGUGGUGAUGAAACUAAAAAGGAUGUGUGUAAUGUGGAAAGCGGAACGGCAGCGGCUGACAGCUGUCAGCAGCAAUUAAACAACGGUAAUGGGAAAAUAUGCGUUCAAUCGGCGCCAGGCGAUCUGAAACAAAUCGUCCUCGAUGGACUGGAGAAGAAGGGAGACCGUGGCAUCUGGUUGUGGGUUCUCUUUUUCCUGUGCCUAACUCCGAACAUCCUGAAUGGCUUCCACGUGUCAUCGUACGUUUUCCUCGGGAAAAUGCCGGAAAAUUACUACUGUCUCAUCCCAAGUCUGCUGCAGAACGGCUGGACCCACGAUGAGAUUAGGAACAUUUCCACAAGCAGCGGCAUAACGAAAAACGGAACUUGCACAGUUCUCAACUGGGACUACGCGCACUUAGCGGGCAUGAACUACCAAGCCGCGCUCGAUUUCAUUUCCGAGAAACCACGACCCAAUCAAGUGUCCUGCCUGGGAACACCCAGCUUAGAGAUGUACUACGAGCAGCAAUCGGGCGCCUCUAUCGUUCCCGAGUGGGAUCUGAUUUGUGAACGAACCGCUCUUAGAUCAACUGUACAGGUUGCUCUUUCAGUGGGAAAAUUUCUCGGGGCGUCUACUUUUGGCGUUCUCUCGGAUAAAUACGGUAGAAAAAGCAGCUUCACUGUUGCCGCCCUAUUGUACGUGGUUGCUAGUUUGUUGACCACGUUUUCACCUUACUACGUUCUUUUGCUGCUCGGGAGAGUUGGACUAGGAGCAUCUGCUUCGGGCGUGUUCUACCCAGCUUUUGCUUUGCUGACGGAGAAUAUAGGUGUUCGACAUCGAUCAUGGAUGAGCAUAGCUUUCAAUUUCUCGUACCCAAUCGGAAUGUUGAUCCUUGCUCUGGCUGCCUAUUACAUCAAUCAAUGGCGAGAUUUGUCAUUAGCUUUAACCAUACCAUCAUUCCUGUUAAUCAUUCACCUUUACUUUUUAGUGGAAUCACCUCGAUGGUUGUUAAGUAAAGGGCGGGAACGUCGUGCUUAUCAAAUGGUAUUUGGUCGCAAGCCACCUCAGGAACUGUGUGACAAUGAUAAAGAACUCAGCCAGGAAGAGAUAGCUGCCGCUGUAGCAAAGAAUGUGGACGUACCUAAAACUCCACUAGGCGUUCGAAUCAAACAAACAUUUAGCGAAUUCACCAAGCUCUACGGAACACCAAAAUUAUGUCGACGGGCACUAAUCUGUCACUUUACGUGGUGUGUCACGUCGCUCUGUUACUACGUAACAGCCCUUAAUGCAGACAAUUUCGCUGCCAAUCGGAAUGUGUAUGUAGCCACUACAGGCUCUGUAGACAUUCUAGCCUACAUCGUAUCGAUGAUAGUGUUGGCCUAUUUUGGCCGUAAAAGCACAUCUUUCUGCUUCUUCCUUUACGCUGGCAUCUGCCUGUUGGUGGUGUUGGCCAUUCCGAGAGAAAGCACCAAUCUUGUGGUCACCCUAGCUAUGCUCGGUCGACUAGGAAUUACGGCAGUCUAUGCCGUGGUGACACUACACACAGCAGAGCUAUUCCCCACGGAAAUCCGGAACACUGCACUCGGAAUCUGCUCGACAAUGGCGCACGUGGGCUCGAUCGCAGCGCCCUAUAUUGUGGAUCUGCUCGGUCAGUUUGCCUGGUGGAUUCCAACGACGAUCUGUGGCACUGCGGUGCUAGUGGCCGCCCUUUUCACCCUACUGCAUCCAGAGACGAGGGAUGCGGCUCUGAAAGAUCAUGCCAAACAGGAAACCGAUGCCUCGGGUGAUAGCGAACCGAUGAAGCAGUAGCAAUAGUCCCAAUAGAAUCCAACAUCGGCGUAGACUCCCGGUGACGCAGGAAGACCACAGCCAGCACCAUAGGAAAUCACCCCACGCAGUGUGUACGGUCUUGCGUUAUCGAACGAUUCUACCUCCGACGGUCCAGUUAACCUUCGACGGCAUACCAGCCCUCCGCCGGAGUCUCCCUGUCAAGUUAAGCUAAAUUAUUGUACACGUACGCAAUAACUACAGUAAUAAGAUUAAGUUCAUAAGCAGGACGAUUUCUCCUUUACCUUACAAGCAUCGGCUAAUCCAAUCGCGCAGAACAUUCCAGAAUUGGCCGCUGCCGGCGCUACUACCGGCCCAAGCAUUUCCCUACACUCUCUGUGACCGAGCGGUUGGACGGGACCGUAUUGCAACAAAUUGCUGCCAGGGCCAUAGAACGUGGCUGAUCCAUAGCCAUAGAUGUGACACUCUUCCGAACCGUACUCGUUCUCAUGUUCCUCCUCUCGGUCACCAAUUAGAUUAAGGACAUUAGAAUCGAAAACACCGCCACCGGCGAGUGACCUUGUUGGUAAUAAAAGUGUACCUUCUAUCAUUU